AUGGGGUGCUGUCCAUCUGGAGGUGGGGCUGCCAUUCGCAGCGCUCACUGGAAGGCCUGUCGCUUCGCCACGCUGUCGGCCUGUGCCGGGGACUUCCUUCCUCGAGGAUCUGGCAUUGUAACAAGAAGACCUCUUGUGCUGCAGCUUGUGACUUCCAAAGCAGAAUAUGCUGAAUUUCUACAUUGCAAAGGAAAGAAGUUUACGGAUUUUGAUGAAGUUCGCCAUGAGAUUGAAGCCGAGACAGAUCGAGUGACUGGAAUGAAUAAAGGCAUUUCUUCCAUACCCAUUAACUUACGAGUCUAUUCUCCACAUGUGCUCAACCUAACGCUGAUCGACCUGCCUGGAAUCACGAAAGUGCCCGUGGGGGACCAGCCGCAGGAUAUCGAGCACCAGAUCCGCGAGAUGAUCAUGCAGUUUAUCACCAGGGAGAGCUGCCUGGUCCUGGCCGUCACGCCAGCCAACACCGACCUGGCCAACUCAGAUGCACUGAAGCUGGCCAAGGAAGUGGACCCCCAGGGUCUGAGAACCAUUGGCGUCAUCACCAAGUUGGAUCUCAUGGAUGAGGGGACGGACGCCAGGGACGUGCUGGAGAACAAGCUGCUGCCUCUGCGCCGGGGUUAUGUGGGAGUGGUCAACAGAAGCCAGAAGGACAUAGAUGGGAAGAAGGACAUCAAAGCAGCCAUUGUGGCCGAGAGGAAGUUCUUUCUCUCUCAUCCGGCGUACAGACACAUGGCUGACCGCAUGGGGACCCCUCACCUUCAGAAGGUCCUGAACCAGCAACUCACCAACCACAUUCGAGAUACCCUGCCAAACUUCAGGAACAAACUCCAGGGCCAGCUGCUGUCCAUCGAACAUGAAGUGGAAGCCUACAAAAACUUCAAACCAGAAGACCCCACCAGGAAGACCAAGGCACUGCUGCAGAUGGUCCAGCAAUUUGCGGUGGACUUUGAGAAGAGAAUUGAGGGCUCAGGUGAUCAAGUUGACACCCUGGAGCUCUCCGGAGGCGCGAAAAUCAACCGCAUUUUCCACGAACGCUUUCCCUUCGAGAUAGUAAAGAUGGAGUUCAAUGAGAAGGAACUGCGAAGAGAAAUAAGCUAUGCGAUCAAAAACAUCCAUGGCAUCAGGACAGGCCUGUUUACUCCAGACAUGGCCUUUGAAGCCAUAGUCAAAAAACAGAUUGUGAAGCUGAAAGGACCUUCCUUGAAGAGCGUGGACCUGGUGAUGCAGGAGCUGAUCAGCACUGUCAAGAAGUGCACCAAAAAGCUGGCAAACUUCCCCAGACUUUGUGAGGAAACAGAAAGAAUUGUGGCUAACCACAUUCGCGAUCGUGAAGGGAAGACAAAAGACCAGGUGCUGCUGUUGAUUGACAUUCAAGUCUCCUACAUCAACACCAACCACGAAGACUUCAUUGGCUUUGCAAAUGCUCAGCAGAGGAGCAGUCAGGUUCACAAGAAAACCACAAUUGGAAAUCAGGGAACCAAUCUUCCGCCUUCAAGGCAAAUUGUCAUUCGUAAGGGCUGGCUGACCAUCAGCAACAUUGGCAUCAUGAAAGGGGGCUCCAAGGGAUACUGGUUUGUCCUCACUGCAGAAAGCUUGUCCUGGUAUAAAGAUGACGAGGAAAAGGAAAAGAAAUACAUGCUUCCUUUGGACAACCUGAAAGUCCGGGAUGUGGAAAAGAGUUUUAUGUCUAGCAAACACAUCUUUGCACUCUUUAAUACAGAGCAGAGGAAUGUAUACAAAGACUAUCGUUUCCUUGAGCUCGCGUGUGACUCCCAGGAGGAGGUGGACAGCUGGAAGGCGUCUCUGCUGAGGGCCGGGGUCUACCCCGACAAAUCCCUGACCGAAAGCGAUGAGAACGGUCAAGCAGAAAACUUCUCCAUGGAUCCACAGUUGGAGAGGCAAGUGGAGACCAUCCGCAACCUGGUGGACUCCUACAUGUCCAUCAUCAACAAGUGCAUCCGAGACCUGAUCCCCAAGACGAUCAUGCACCUAAUGAUCAAUAAUGUGAAAGACUUCAUCAACUCCGAGCUCCUGGCACAGUUGUAUUCCUCAGAGGACCAGAACACCCUGAUGGAGGAAUCCGCGGAGCAGGCUCAGCGCCGGGGUGAGAUGCUGCGGAUGCACCAAGCCCUGAAGGAGGCCCUCAUGAUCAUCGGCGACAUCAACACGGCCACCGUGUCCACCCCGGCCCCGCCCCCGGUGGACGACUCGUGGAUCCAGCAUUCUCGCAGGUCGCCUCCUCCAAGCCCCACAACCCAGAGGAAGCCGGCCCUCAGCGUGUCCCUCACGAGGCCCGCGUCCGGCCGAGGACCGGCGCCCGCCAUCCCCUCCCCGGGCCCGCACUCCGGGGCCCCCCCGGUCCCCUUCCGUCCAGGCCCUUUGCCUCCCUUCCCCAACAGCAGCGACUCAUUCGGGGCCCCUCCCCAGGUGCCAUCCAGGCCCACCAGGGCUCCGCCCAGCGUUCCCAGGCGACCCCCUCCUGCAGUUCCAGGAAGACCAUCCUAACCCCAUCAUUCACCUCCUUUUCUUUCCAACAACAUUGUCUCUCCAUGGUAUUUAAGAGCCUUUUGUUUGCACAAUAUGUCAUAUGUACAUAAAAAACUUUUAUUUUUGAUC